AUGCCGCAAUGCUGGGCCGUGAUUGCUCCUUUUAAGUCGGCCGUCGUAGUCAUCAAGCCAAGGCUGGGACGUGGCGGAUUGGUCACGCAACUCCGUGAGUCAGACAUCAACGGGGCCCCGCUUGCGUUCCAGGCAGCAGGAGGAGUAAGCGCCGCGUGCUUCGAGAGCGUGUCCAAAGUCAUGCACAAGACCCUGGGGAGAAACGAGCUGAGACAGCAGGUUCAGGCCGUUGAUCUGAAGGAAAGGUCGAUAAUCUUCCACGCGCCCAAGAGCCAGGCAGCGAACGUAUUCCAAGCGGUGAUUCGAGCCUUCGAUGGCGACGGAGGUGGGUGCCCUCGAAAUACGGACACCGGGGAUCAAACGGAGGAUCCUCGCAAGUCGUGGCUCCUCGCCGACGACCUUCCGGAAUCCCCGGCACCUGAGCAUAAGAAGAGACAGGCCAUUCGGAGCAUUUGCGGUCGGAACGUGUUUGUUGAUUAUACAGGCAUGACCGCCCUGCAUGUGACCUGUCCCUGGGGUUGCCCCGACAUUGUGGAGAUGAUAUUGAAGGAGGCGUCGAAACAGGGGCAGGAUUCCGUGCAAGACUUCCUCCGCAUUGUGGAUAACUCCGGCAGGACUGCCUUAAUGCACGCUGUGCGACACGAUCAUGGGAUUUACGCCCGUGAACUCGACAGUGUUUGCCUCAUUCUCGGCGCUCUGGUAGACCGGGCCAACAACACGGCGUAUCCCGAGAAGUUGGGGUUGUUUACUCAACCCGCUAGCCCCAAGUUUGACUCUUCGGCGCUAAUGUACGCUGCAUACGGAGGGCCGAAAAGGCUUGAGGUUCUCCAGGACUACAUAUGCUCCCUCGUCCAGAAUGUACAACACGAUCCGGCCACUAACCCAUGCCACGCCGGCUUGCAUCUCGAGUUUGCGCUUGGAAUCGAGCACGAGAGCCCCGAAAAAAACUUGAUCGAUAUGGAAUCUUGCUGGCGUCCGCAGCGAGUGGUGGCCAUUCCUGCGUGCUGGAAGACAUUGUUGAUGCAAUCAAGCUGCGUUCGUUGUGCAGUCCGUGUUGACCAUCGGGCCAGCCUGGAACGUGCUAAAGAACGCUAG